ACCUUUCAGAGAGCGAUGAACAUCACCUUUCAAAAAUUUGUCAACAAGACCCGACUGACCCAGGGAAUGAUCAACUUCUGCGUCAUUGUGUAUAUGGACGAUAUCUUGGUGUAUUCUGAAUCGUUUCACGGGCAUGUUCAGCACAUUGAGUGGACGCUCGGAGCGUUGCGAGAUGUUGGGUUCAAGAUUGCGUUGGAGAAGAAUGAGUUCUUCCUUUCAGAGAUCUCGUUCCUGGGGUACGUGGUGACCCGAGGAGGCUUAAGGCCAGAUUCGAGAAAAGUCGAAGCGGUUCGAGAAGCUCCCACGCCUACGUUGCUGACACAGGUUCGAGUCUUUAUGGGGUUGGCGUCGUACUACCAGAGGUUUAUCAAGGGGUUCACGACGAUUGCUCGACCUCUAACAAACCUCCUACGAAAAGACCAGCCAUUGAAGUGGAACGCAGACUGCGAAAAGGCCUUUGUCGCUUUAAAAAAGGCCCUCGCCUCCGCACCUAUUUUGAUUCGGUCCGAUCCUGGUAAGCAAUUCAUCGUCAUUACAGACUUGCAGCUCGAGGCGAUCUCCAAUAUUUUGGCCAGAAGGGGAAGGUCAACCACAAGCACGUCAUUGAAUACGCCUCGCGAACUGUACCUUAUGAAAGAAGGAACGAUUCGGCCCCUCAAGACAUCUCGACCCAAUUACGAGCAAAGUCCUGGUGUUUUGGCACAACUCUUGGACAAUCUACCUUUGGAUAUCCUUUCACGCUGCGAUGAGCGGUCCACACCAGUGGCGCUCCCUCGUACGUUGGUACCGCAUCUAUUGUGGUCCACGUGUACGGAGCUCGACGACGACAAUUGUUAUUACCCCUCUUCGGGUCAUUACCUCGUCAUUGACGUGACCGAUCUCACCUUGUGGAAUCCGAUCGUCCGAAGAGUGGAGGUGGGAGAGGAAGCCGACGAUGAGGAGGUAGAGGAAGAGAAAGAUCAAGAAACCGAAGAAGAAGAAAACUCAGGGGCGGGAUCGGACGACCCCGAUUACUGCGUGUCUGAGGAAGGCGAGCCGGAAGGAAGUGAGUCGAACGGAUCGGUCAGCUCCAAUGAGCGAAGUGAGGAGGAAGACAAAGCCGCAACCCUGAGGAGGCAAGAAAAGGCAGAAGGGAAGCGGUCAGUGGAAGAGUCGGAUGAACCAGCCGUGCGGCUAUUGCAAGAAGAAGAGGAGGAGGAGGACGAGGAGUGGGAAGAGGAUGAGGAAGAACAGGAUGAGAAAAAAGAGGAGAAGGAAGAAGAGGAGGAGGAAGAAGAGGAGGUGGGCCCGACGAUGGUGGAAGAGGAGGAGGAGGCCACGGCGACGGAGGAGGAGGAAGAAGAAGAAGAGGCGGAGGAGGAGGAGGAGGAAGAAGGAGAAGAAGAAGAGGAGGACAAGGAGUACGAGGAGGCCCCGACGGAAAUGUCGGGCGAAGAGGCGGCAGCGGCGGCGGCGGCGGUGGCAGCGGAGGAGGAGGUGGAGGAGGAGAGAUGACGAGGAUGGGGAGGAGAAUGAGUAGGAGGAGACCCCAGCGAUGGUGGAGGAGGAGGAGGCGGAGGAAGAGGAGGAGGAGGAGGAGUGGGAGGGGGCCAAAAUGAUUGGCCACCCGAUCACUCCGCCGGCCCUCCCCGCUUUUUUUUCAAUCAAUCAAUCAAUCAAUC